GCGUAACUGCAGCCUGUCGGUCCUGUCAGAAAAAGGCUGCAGUAAAGGGGGAAGGACUUGCUGAGAGUCAGACAGGCUCAUCAGAGUGGGUCGGCAUUCUGUCGCAAGGCAGUGCAUCACUGAAGCAUGGAGCUGCAGGCUUUCUAUGAAUAGAGGGUCGCGGUGAGCCGGAGUCUAACCCAGCAUACACAGGGUGCAAGACGAGACUACACCCUGGACGGGACACCAGUCCAUCGCAGGACACACACACACACAGAGGGCAAUUUAGAGUGACCAAUCAACCUGGACAGCAUGUCUUUGGACUGUGGGAGGAAACCAGAGUACCACGUGAACAGUGCAAACUCCACGCAGACAGUACCCUAGGCUGGAUUCGAACCCAGGACCCUGGCGCUGUGAGGCGCUAACCACUGCACCACCGUGUCGCCCGCAUUAAAUCUAAAAAAAAAGGCCAGAUCCUCGCCUCGUGGGUGAAGAUGCCUCUUAUUAAAGACCGUCAGAAGAAGACAGAGGAUAUCUCUGCAGUCUACGACAUGAAGGAGAAGCUGGGGGAAGGCUCGUUCUCUGAAGUGAGGCUGGCUCAGGACCGGCGCACCCAGAAGCUUGUAGCUGUGAAGUGCAUCCAGAAGAGGGCGCUAAAGGGCAAGGAGGCCAUGCUGGAGAAUGAGAUUGCUGUCCUUCACAAAAUCAAACACGACAACAUCGUCUCCCUUGAAGAGAUCUACGAAACCCCGGCAGAGCUCUAUCUCGUGAUGACGCUGGUGACCGGAGGCGAGCUGCUGGAUCGAAUCCUGGUUCGUGGGACGUACACGGAGAAAGACGCCAGUAGUGUGGUUGGACAGGUUCUGGACGCGGUGCUCUACCUUCACAACAUGGGCAUCGUCCACAGGGACCUCAAGCCUGAGAACUUGCUGUAUGACACUGCAUUCGAAGACUCCAAAAUUGUCAUCAGUGAUUUUGGACUGUCCAAAAUGGAGGACCAGGGACUGCUGUCCACUGCAUGCGGGACACCUGCUUAUGUAGCUCCAGAGCUGUUGGAACAGAAGACUUAUGGGAAGGCGGUGGACUGCUGGGCAGUGGGAGUCAUCGCCUAUAUUCUCCUGUGUGGCUACCCGCCCUUUUACGACGAAAAUGACAUGGAGCUGUACAAGCAGAUUGUGAAGGCAGAGUAUGCAUUCGACUCGCCGUACUGGGAUGACAUCUCAGAAUCUGCCAAAGAUUUCAUUAGUCACUUGUUGCAGAAGGACCCAGAAAAGCGUUACACUUCUGAGCAGGCAUUACAGCACCCAUGGAUAUCAGGUGACACUGCCCUCGAGAAGAAUAUUCACGUCUCAGUGAGCGAACAGAUUCAGAAGAACUUCGCCAAGAGUCAGUGGAAGCGUGCUUUCAAUGCCGCAGUCAUCGUGCGUCACCUGAGUAAGAAAACGCAGUCCAGAGCUGAGGAAACACAAGAGGAGGAGAGCGGAGCAGCUAGCUCCAUCUGAAGACAUCGCCAGCCUUCAAAAAAAACGACAAAACCAUGUGAACCAGUGUUAAAUCAGUGAUGUAUAAAACUGUGUAGUAAUUGUAGAUUGACCUUUACUUCUAUUAAGAUGGUUAAUCAACGUCUGUAUUACAUGUGUCUAUGGCAGACAGUCAGAAAUGCACAGGAGCCCCUGAGAUCAACUAUCAUCGUAACAAAGAUAAGCACAGUGUUUGAGUUAUCGAUGCUUCACUCAAUUAUUACCAAGAUCAUAAGAUGUUAAGGGGGCAGCAAAAAAAGACUAUUAAAUAUUCAGCUGUUGUUUCUGUAAUCUUGAUUGGAGUCAAUAGUGUACGCUUUGAAUCAGACCUGCGGUGAAGUAUAAUUCUAAUGAAAAUGACUGAAAUUGUAAUUAGUUACAUUUACAGUACUAGUUAGUUCAAUUACAAUUGCGCUGCUGUAAAUUUCCAUUGUAACUACAGUUAUCCUAACAAAUUACUGAAAACAGCUACACACAUUUUACUGUGUUUAUUGUAAAUAACCCAAUCAAUAAUCACAGGUACAAAUACAGAAACAUACUAGAGAACAUCAAUUUAUUUCAAACAAACAGGGUCACUUAAAAGUGGUCGAAAAACACAGGAAUAAUGAUAACGCUUGGGUUGAACUGCAAGCAAUCAAUUACGUGGUAAACUAAUUUCUAAUAGCACGAUUAUAACUGUAACUGCCCCUAUUCGAUGAACAAGACAUGUUUUUAUUGAAAUGUAUUGCAAGUGCUGUAUGUGUAACUCUAUAUAAAAAUAAAACAAUACAUAAUUGAUUAACGUU